AUGGGUGAUCCUCCAUCUGCUCAUAAACACGAUCACUACAGCACACUUGGAAUUCCUAGAACUGCUACACUUUCCGAGAUCUGCAACGCAUACAAAGUUCUUGUGAGGAAAUGGCAUCCUGAUAGGCACCAUUCUAACAGAGCUGAAGCUGAUACACAGUUUCAGAACAUCACUGAAGCGUAUAGGGUACUCAGUAGCAAGAAAAGGGAAGAAAGUGCAAUACCUAUACCAUCAGAUAAUGAUUUAAAAACACCAAAAUCAUCAAAGACUAAGAACAAAGAUGAUGAGUUUUAUAUCUCCAGCCCUAGGAGCGCAAGUCCCCCACAAUCAGAGAUUAAUGCGAGCCACCACAAAUCAUCAAAAAAGAAAAAGAGCAAGAAAAGCAAGACACCGAAACGAGCCCAUGGCUCCCCAAAAAAUGAAAGUGAAAAACCUUCUUUAUCAAGAGUAGGGACCCAAAAAAGUAACAGUAAUCCUAUUAUAUAUUCACAAUCCACUGCUCGGAGGAAGCCUCAACCUACCGAGAAAAAGCUUGAAUGCACACUUGAAGAAUUGUUGCAAGGAUGUGUUAAGCAUAUCAAGAUCACAAGAGAUACCAUUUCCGAGAACGGGCAUAUUGUUCAAGAAGAGGAGACACUGAGGAUCAGAGUUAAGCCAGGAUGGAGAAAGGGAACCAAAAUUACAUUUGAAGACAAGGGAGAUGAAAAACCAGGAAGUCUUCCAGCUGAUAUAAUUUUUGUAGUUCACGAGAAAAAACAUCCUAUUUUCAAGCGAGAAGGAGAUGAUUUGCAGCUCGGAGUUGAGGUCCCUCUAAUUGAAGCUUUAACUGGUUGCACCAUCACUGUCCCACUAUUAGGAGGUGAAGAAAUGACUUUGUCAUUAAACGAGAUCUUAUAUCCAGGUUAUGAAAAGGUCAUCCCAGGACAAGGCAUGCCCAUACCAAAACAAGAAGGAAGAAAAGGUGACCUCAGACUAAAUUUUCUUGUGAAGUUCCCUAGAGAGUUAAGUGAUGACCAACGCUCUAAUGUCAAAUAUAUAUUGAAUGACUGUUCUUGACUAAUAACCAAAAACAUUCUCUUAAUGUCACUUCUCGCACAUUUCAACUUUCAAGGUUGACUAAGGUUAUUAGUUAUCUUAUAGUGAAAACCAUGUACAUAGUUCAUUUAGCUUUUAACCAGUACUUAUGCUCACCUUUGUUCAUAAUCUCAUGCAUGAGAGAAAGCAA